UAGAGAGAGAAAAAAACAAACAAAAAGAAUGGAUGAAACCAAUGGUGAGUUGAUGCGUGCGGGCCCAAAAUAGAAGACAAAUUAAUUCCUCGUGUAGGUGAACCAAGUUCAAACGAAAGAUCUGCUGUUUUUAUUAGGAAUUUCGAUGUUGACGAGGGCUUUUGCUGCUGCGCUCUCUCUCUCUUUCUCUGUACUUGUCUAAUCCCAUCUUAUCAUUUCAAACCCCCAUUUAACUUUCCAGUUUUUUCCCAUUUCAGAAAAUAGAAAAAGAACUUUUCACUUCAAAUUUAGGCCAAAAGUUCGGUUGCAUGUGCAUCUCGUUUGCGGAAUUUUGAUUCUCCUUGUUUCUUACUAUUUCUCUGGAAUCAAACAGUUCAAAAGUUUUGUUCUUCUUUUCAAUUCGUUGAAAAGUAGAUCAUUUUAAAGAUUUUUAUCUGUGAGAUACAAUGGGGAAUUCUUCUUCAAUGCUAACUCAAUAUGAUAUCGAAGAAGUUCAAGAAUACUGCCAGAAUUUAUUCUCUCAGCAGGAAAUUGUUUCAUUGUACCAAAGGUUUUGCCAGUUAGAUCGAAAUGCAAAGGGAUUCAUAUCUGCUGAUGAGUUUCUAUCAGUUCCGGAGUUUGCAAUGAAUCCGCUCUCUCAGAGACUGCUUAAGAUGGUGGAUGGUUUGAACUUUAAGGACUUUGUCGCCUUCUUGUCAGCGUUUAGUGCUAAAGCAAGUGUACAGCAGAAAGUUAAACUUAUCUUCAAGUUUUAUGAUUCUGACGGCAAUGGAAAGGUGUCUUUCAAUGACAUGCUAGAAGUUUUACGUGAUUUAUCUGGUUCAUUUAUUUCCGAUGUCCAAAGAGAGCAAGUCUUGACCCAACUUUUGAAAGAAGCGGGUUACUCAAAGGACUCUUACCUAACAUUGGAUGACUUCAAUAAGAUUUUUGGGAUCUCUGAACUAAAAAUGGAGGUCGAAGUACCGGUGGAUUAGCUAUUUACAGUGUUUCCCCCCAGAAAAUAAUUUGGUUUAACAGCAGGCGUGGUAUGAGAGGCUAUACAUUUUAGAAACAUACAUAAAAUACUCAUGUACUUUUGCUUUUCAUGUUUCCAUAAAUAAAUCAACCUAUAUAUAUAUGUAUCAAAAUAAGCUUCAGAGGUUUCCCAUUUAUCUUCACAAAUUUUAUUUUUUUAUAAUUCUAAAUCAAUUUUGAUGACCAAAAA